AUGGCGACCACCAACUGGGGACAGGUCUACGGGUAUGGUCCAUUGAUUCACUCAGACGAUAUGCUGUCCUUCUGUCAGGCGCAUGGGGAGUUCCCGGCAAGCAGGACUCAGGUUGGUCUGCCCAAGGUACUGCUAGUGCUUGGAGUGCCAAGCCCGAGAGAGGCUCUGGGUGGGGAGCCCCAGCGCGAGACCAUCAUGUGA